AUGCCCUCCCAAUGCCAAGCCUCACCUGCUCCUGAUGAGAUGAGAAUGUCCGAUCUUGAGAUUCUCAGAGAUCUCCAGCUUGUUUUUGAUACACAAAUGUAUGGCCUCGGGUUGACCAAUUUGAAGAAGUUGCACAAGAAGUAUGGGCUCACCAAGACUCACCAACAGGACCACACUGUCGAGUCGAUAGAUGCUGAGGUGCACUGGCUGCAGGCCAAGUUCCUCACAUCAGAGAUGGAAAGAAUAUGGGACCACCUUGCAAAAUAUUGCCACAAAUGGGUUUCUUGGUUCAGAUUGCAACUUCACAUGGGUCUGGACCCUUUCACUGGAGUCAUCAAGUGGAUAAAGAUAUGGUGGACCAAUCGUAACCUAAUCCUGAUCUGCAACUACUACUUGGAUGUCAUUGAGGCCACAGGAGCACUGUUGGAUGUGUUUGAAGAAGAACAUCCCACCCAAGAUUGGCUGGAGUCAGAUGCUUUUAGCCUCGUCUUUCAUUACAUUUUCAUCCCAUUUUUGCAGAGGCAGUUGGAUGACUAUGUUUACAUGGUCACCAUUGAGGCGGACACCAUCCAGGAAGCCAGACAAAUCUAUGAACCACCCGAUCAUAUGGUUUUCAAAAUGGUCCCUGAAUCCUUUAGAGCCUUUGCUGAUGAAAUUAUGAAGAAAAUGGGUUUGCCUGAGGUUGUACAGGAGUGUGUCUGGGAGAUUUAUAUGGAACUCCUCAGCAGGCUUCAUAGUCAUGGCAUAGUGGGCCACUCUGAAUGGACUGCUUUUGUUUUGUUGGGUCCCAGCAAGGGUGAUGAUGCUGAAGACGAUGAUGACACAGAUAUGCCGGAUGAACCCAUCUCUGCUGAGCAGGCCCUUGUGGAGAAUCCCCUGUUCCAGUACUAUGGUGGCAUUAAUGGAGGCAUGGGACUGAGUGAGUGCAUCUUACCAAGAAGUGAUCAAACCAACAUUAAUGGCUGA